AUGAACAAUCGAUACAAUGAUAAUAACGGGAUUCGAAAUAAUAAUUAUCCGCAGAAUAACUACAGUAAUAGAAGUAACGAAAAUAACGGCCCAGGGCGGUAUGAAGGUUCUUAUGGAAUCAACCAUAGGAGCAAUGACCAAUACGUCCGUAAUAAUCCCAGUCAGAAUCUCGGUAGUAAUACUAGUGCGAGAGGCGAAUUAAAUACUCCAAAUUUUAACCGCGAACGUGUAAAUGGUAGGAGGGAGGAAAGGAUCUGUUAUGAUUGUAAAUUGCCUGGGCAUUUUAUGGUAGAUUGUACGAAAAGAAGGGAUAAUAAUCGCAGGUCACUUAUGGACGGGCUGUCGGGCCCAUCCACCAACGAACGAGCACGUGCAGGUAACGAAAACAGGUCGGGAAACUACCAAAACCCCCUGCGAUCGGGCGCGGCGCGGGAGGAUGGGAGAUCCGAGCGCCCGGUUAUGCAAGUAGUCGCGGAGGAAAUGGACACGGAGGAGUCAUUGGAGACGUUCCAGUGGCAGUAG